AUGAAUGUGACAGAGGUCUACAAGGGAAUAACUAACAUCUACAAUGGAGGAAAUUUUUCUGCCAAUGAAAGCAUGGGUUUCCCUAAAAUAUCUACCCGUUUAAACAUGGCCAUCAACAUUAUCUCCAUUGUCAUCCUUUCCAUUACCAUGAUAUCCCUUGGGUGCAAGAUGGAGAUUUCUAAAAUUAGGACCCAUUUCCUUAAGCCGAAAGGAGUAGCCAUUGCGAUACUGGCCCAGUUUGGGAUCAUGCCCCUGACUGCUUUCGGUCUAGCAAAAGGCCUGCAGAUGGAUCCUAUCAAGUCUGUGACUGUGCUCAUAUGUGGCUGCUGCCCAGGAGGAAGUUUAUCAAACAUUUUUUCCCUGGCUAUAAAGGGUGACAUGAACCUCAGCAUCGUAAUGACCACUUGCUCCAGUAUUGCAGCUCUGGGUCUGAUGCCUUUGCUGCUUUAUAUCUUCUGCCAAGGCUUCACCGGUCUGGAGAAUGCUGUACCAUACGUUGGCAUCAUCACUGUUCUCGUAUAUACCUUGGUGCCUUGCGCCAUCGGCAUUGCCAUUAACCACUUCAAACCAAACUACACACCAUUCAUCUUGAAGGCUGGCGUCAGCAUCCUGAUCAUAUCUAGCAUCAUUGUUUUUGCCUUGUCUGCUGCUGUCGUCAAAGACGUACUGUGGAUGAUCCUCAUGCCUGAUGCUCUGGCUGUGUCAAUGCUCUUGCCACUGAUAGGUUUUACGCUGGGAUAUAUCCUAUCCAUCAUAUGCAGACUCAGUCCACAAUGCAGCAGGACCAUCGCCAUGGAAACAGGGUGUCAAAACGUCCAGCUGUGUGUCGCCAUCUUAAAAGUGGCCUUUCCUCCGCAUGUCAUCGGACCCAUGUUUCUCUUCCCUCUGUUAUACAUAACAUUUCAGUGUACUGAGGCCCUUCUUCUGGCCAUGUGCUUCAGAUGUUACCAAACAUUCAAACCACCAGCUGAGGAUUACCAGUGCAUAGAAGUGGAAAGCUAA